AGACCGAGCGUUGCGGUGUCUGUGUUGGUCUGGUCGAUCCAGUAGGGCGGAGAGAUCGUUUGCAUGGAAUCCCUUGCUACGCACAACAGUACGUUAGUGCCAUCGAUGACGAACAGUUCUUUAUAUAAAAAACCGUAGAUCUAGCGUGUGACAUUGGGUUGUACUGUAAUAACUUCCCCAUCUCAUUGCAAAAAAAAACAAAGGGAAGCAACUAAAGACAUGGCUUACGGGGGGAUCAUUUCAGUCCCCAGGCUUCAUAUAACAGCUGCAUUACUUUUAACUGUACUUCAGCACGCCGUGGCACUAGAGUUGGGCCAAUCUUGUGUGAAUCCUAGUGGAGAAUCCGGAAGUUGCAUUCUUUUCCGGGAAUGCCAGCCAUUAGUCGAUAUCUUCAAAAAACCUUUCAACACUCCAGAUGAUACGGAAUUCUUGCAAGCAAGUCGUUGUGGUGACUUGCAGGGUAAACCAUUGGUUUGCUGUGCUGGAGUAGUAGUCGAAGAGCGGACAACAUUGCCUGAACCACCGAACUGUGGUACUCAGCUAUCUGACAGAAUUUACGGUGGACAACCGACCAAAAUUGACGAGUUUCCUUGGACGGCACUGAUCGAGUAUGAGAAACCAAAUGGCCGCUACGGCUUCCACUGCGGAGGUUCGCUUAUCAAUCGUGCGCACAUCGUAACAGCCGCGCAUUGUAUCAAUGCGAUUCCGCGAGGAUGGAAGGUUCAUCGUGUUCGUCUUGGAGAGUGGGAUCUAAGCACAUCGUCCGAUUGCGAGGACGACUUUUGUUCAACAUCGCCAAUCGAUCUGAACAUUGCAGAGAUCAUCGUGCAUAGUGGUUAUAACGUGCAGGACAAGAGUCAUGUAAACGAUAUCGCGUUAAUUCGCUUCACUCGACAUGUUGAGUACACGGAACUGGUUCGACCUAUCUGUUUGCCGCUGGCGGAUACAGUUCGAAACAAGAACUAUGUUGGAGUGUCGAGCUAUGCUGCUGGAUGGGGCAAAACGGAAGUUGCCUCUGCUAGUGAAAAGAAAUUGAAGGUCGAAUUGAACAUCGUUGCCCUGGACAGUUGUAGUUCGGUGUAUAAGCGUAAUGGCAUCAAUCUGCAGCCGUCGCAGCUGUGUGCGGGCGGUGUGAGAGGAUCUGAUACUUGUAGUGGCGACUCAGGUGGUCCACUGAUGAAACAGUAUGCCGGAGCCUGGUAUUUGCUUGGUAUUGUUAGCUUUGGACCCCAGAAGUGCGGCACAGCAGGAGUUCCUGGGGUCUACACCAAUGUACGAGAGUACACCGAUUGGAUUCGGAGCAAUAUUAAUAAAGUCUUCCUGCUAAUGUGUUUGGUUGCCAUCGGGGGCCAAAGUGUGUUGUGUCUUGAUCUUGGCCAAUCGUGCAUUAAUCCCAGAGGCCAGCAAGGAAGCUGCAUCCAGUUUCAGGAGUGUCAACCGUUAGUCAGUAUUUACAAUAAACCCGUACGAACGGAUGAUGAUAAGCAGUUCCUCCUGGCGAGCCGUUGUGGCACAUUUAAUACCAAGACGUUGGUUUGCUGUGUAGGAGCAGCGAGCUCUGGAGGAAGAAAUUCGCUGCCACAACCGCCGAACUGUGGUAUUCAAUUAACUGAUCGUGUGGUUGGAGGACAACCGACCAAAAUUGACGAGUUUCCUUGGACGGCACUGAUCGAGUUCCAGAAAGCGGAUGGCCGCUCUGGCUUCCACUGUGGCGGUUCGCUUAUCAAUCCGACGCACAUCGUAACUGCAGCGCAUUGUAUCAAUGCGAUUCCACGCUCCUGGAAACCACAUCGCAUUCGGCUUGGAGAGUGGGAUUUGGGAUCGAACUCUGACUGUUUGGACGAUUUCUGCGCCCCACAGCCAGUGGAUUUGGAAAUCGAGAAGAUUAUUGUACACCCUGGAUAUGAUUCGCGCGACAAGGCUAACCUGAACGAUAUUGCAUUGAUACGCUUCAAGCGAGAUGUGCAGUACUCGGACGUGAUCAGACCCAUCUGUCUCCCUCUGUCCCCAUCGGUUCGCAAUAGAAACUACGUUGGAGCUUCAAGCUAUGCCGCAGGAUGGGGCAAGACGGAAACUGCCUCCGCGAGUGACAAAAAGCUGAAGGUCGAACUGAAUAUCAAGAGCCAGGAAGAAUGCGCUCCGAUAUUUGCCCGUGGUGGAAUCUUCCUCAAGCCGUCGCAAAUUUGCGCUGGAGGAGUGCGUGGUAAGGACACAUGCAGUGGCGAUUCGGGUGGUCCGCUGAUGCGCCAGGUCUCCGGUACUUGGUAUCUGCUUGGCGUGGUAAGCUUCGGACCGCAAAAGUGUGGCACAGCGGGCGUACCUGGUGUGUACACCAAUGUGAUGGAGUACACGGAUUGGAUUAAAAACAACAUUGAAUAGACGGCAUUGUGGCUAAGCGUCAACGAGUUGGAAAGCGGGAAUGGAUAGUGUAAUAAAUAUGUCAUAGCACUGCAAGUUUUUUUUUUUAAUUU